GCAGAAUCUCCCGUAAAGUCAUCAGUCUGACGUGAUUUAAUGAGUUCCACAGGCACGAGACAAGAUGAGACGUUCGCCUUUGAUUCCCUUGUUGAUCGUUGUCCUGUGUAUGGCGGCAGGAGCAUGGGGUCAGACACUGUUGGAUCCUAUAAGCAGAGCCUGUCGCGGAAUGGCGGACGCGAAUCAGGCGAAGGCGCUGUCCAGGAACGAGUAUCCUGCAGGAGGGCUCCUGAUGGUGCUGGCUUCCGUGCCCGCCGGGGUCAAGGGCUUCUUCAAGUUCUACCUGUGUCUGGACGACGACGCUGGGCAGGAGGAGUGCCUCAACAAGAAGGCCCUCCAGUUGGCUGACGGGGGGCGGACGGACACUGACCUGAGCAAAGUGGUGAAGGAGGGCAGCUACGAGAUCCCGCUGACCAUCCCCGAUGACGUGACCUGCGACACCUGUUCUGUCCAGUGGCAUGUGGAGGUGGAGGACUGUGGAGACAAUGCAGGCUGCUCACUCAUAAGCCAGGAUUCCUGCUUUGACGUCAAGAUCCGUCAGGCCAAGAAAGAGGAAAAGAGGCUGUUUGGACUUAUCUUUGGUGCAGCAAGUGCCAUUGGACGCGGUAUCGGGGCCCUAGUCAGGAAAGGCUAGAAUGCGGUGUAACGACCUGGCUCGACUCGUACCCCGACGUCACGCGAGGAAAUGGGAAUAUGAAUACUUGUGGAACUCCGAGGUGUUGAGAACUGGUGCCAAGCAGACUUCACUACGAAAAUACCAAUUUCAUUGUUUUGAUAUUCAUACAAUUGGAUUGUUUAAAGUCAUAGAAACAGGGCUAUGUGCAGGAAGUUUUAAAAAAUUGUUUAGAUAGAAAUACAGUUUUAUAAUGAGUCAUACUUUUUCAUAUUAUAAAGUAGUAAGUUAUGUCCAUUUCGACUUCCUCAGAUCACUGGGAUCAUAUUGCAUUUUAUAUUUUUAAUUGUAUGAGUUAAUUAGCAGUUAAUCGAAUGGAAAUUGCCUUAGCGGAAGUAAGUGCACUUAGCCUCUAUACCUUUUUUUCUGCAAAUCAGUGUGAAAACGACUAAUGGAAUUGUCAUACCUUUUUAGUGAAGAUUUAAAAGCUCUUGUGCUGCAUGGUUUUAGUACCUUAAAACGCUAAACUUGAUUGUCUAAUUUGGAGGAACAGAUGACUAAGUUAUCAAUAAAUUGUAUUUGAUUAA